AUGCCACCGUCCACUGUUUUCUCUUACUGGCGCCGCGACCAUCGUCGAUCAGGUGCCUCCCCUGUCUCAUCGUCCGUCCAGCCCGCCUCGACCUUGAGAAGAGUCAGCAACCCGCCUCAGCUUCCAGUGAUACCCAAUACUGAAGCACUCCCGACGACAUUCGAUGGUCCUACAUCUGCGAGCACUGACGGUUCGAGUCCCCGUCCCUGGGGUAAUUCGCCUGCCGACUGCGACGCGGACAAAGCAAACGUCGUAUCGACCACGAGCAUCAAUGUUCCGUCAUUCUCAUCUACCAAUCUUGCCGUACCGUCCUCGUCAGUUGACAGUCCCAUUCGGCCUCAUUCUAGCCCGGAAGAACGAGAUAGAGACCCCUCCCUAACCUCCCAACCGAACUCCUCGCAGCCCUCUCCGGUUGCUCCCCGCCCGGACCAUGCCAACGGGGACUCCAAACCGAGCUCACCGUUUCGGCUGUCGUUCGGAAAGGGACUCUUGCCCCAUACUCAGUCGUCUGAAAGUCAGUCGAAACGGUUGUCAACCCCCGGGAUCGUCCAUGCGGGUCCUUUCCGCCUGAAAACAUCCCCGGAUGACUCCCCCGCCGAGAAAACAGCUGCGUCGCAGCGAGAAUAUCGAUAUGAGAACGUACAAAACCGGCGGCCAGGAGAUCGAGAUGCUUCAGCCGACCAUGCUCAUCAUAAGUCCGGGAAGACAAGACUGCACCUACUGAACCCGAUGGCGCUGUUGGCCCGGAGGAGGUCGUCUCAGAUGGCCAGUUUGCGGGCAGAGGAUGUGAAUAUCGGCGCUCGGAAUCUGGUGCUUGCCAUCCCCGAUGAUUACGAUCCGAGAAUCCGGGGCAACAUUGUCCAUGACUUUUCGGCCCCUCGUCCCCGUCGAAAUCUCUCUGCAGCGCCCUCUCGGCAAGAUGCCACGAACCGCAAUUCGAGCGAUCAACCACCACCCGCCAAUGGAAGCCAUGGGCUCAGCAACGACCCAACAGCGCGCACGAACGAGCAGGGGAAACGGCACAGUGAUUAUUCGCCGGUCUUCAAGGAACACUUCGAGGACAACCAGCGAGUCCUGCAGAUCGAGAAUAAGGCUUAUCUACAAUCGUCGUUGUUGACGAACCCGAUCCCUCCAGAUCACGACUCCCAGUCGGUCCCCGUGUUUGCCCGGAAGCUUCCCUCCGCAGUCCCCGAGCAGGGUGAGCAAUCCGGUGAAGCUCUAGCUCAUUUGGGUCCUGAGCGGGGACUAAAUGGCCAUCCGCCUGGUACAUCGUCAGACGCAGACACGAUCGAAUUUGUACCACACCAGCCAUUGGGUUUGCCAAAGCACCUCAAAAGCAAUGCCUCUCGGUUCAGCUUCGAUAUGAAUGGAGUCGAAUCGUCCACGCAGGAGAAACUGUUGGAAGAAAAGCAUAAGGAAAAAGAAGCUGCGCGAAAAGCCCAAGCUCGGUUGCAAGGCACGGAGUUCAGUGACGCGGAGGAUGAUUUUGACAAUGACAUUUUAGAUGAUAUGGACGGCCUUGAAGAGAAGAUCCCCGGCGUGAAUGUCGACGCCGAUGAGGACGAUGAAUUCAGUAGUUUUUCGGGCCCUGGAGAUAUCCUAAAUACGUCCUGGAUGGCUCCUGCGCUAUCUCCAGCCAGCCCUGCCUGCCCUACUGCUCCGCGAAUGGUGACUACUGCACCCCAGCAAGGCAACCGAGUCCCUGGUCCUGAACCGAUCAUAAACGGAGAUUCCUCUGCCGGCCACCAGGUCUCUAUAGAUGGCGCACCGAUUCCACCACCUCAGACGAGGCCAUCAGGGGAGUUGCCUCCAUUACCCAAACACCCCCAAGCUAGCGUGUCACAAUUGAUGGAUGACGAGGAUGACCUCUACUUUGACGACGGGGAGUUCGGCGACCUUUCGGCGGAGGUUGAAGGCGAAAAAUUUGACGAAUCCAUCUUCGACGAUGAGACGAGCCAUCUCUAUGAUCGCAAACGGACCUCUGCGCCUGCAGCUCCUAUCCAACCGAAUGGGAAGAGUGAGAAGGAUGGUGUGAAGGACGCGGAUGAUGAUCUCAGCACAGACACAGGCUACAGUGGCGGACUUAAACAUGUCCCUAGCAUGGCAAGCGAGUAUCAAGCAGGUUCCAGAAAAUAUGGACAGGUCCCAGAGGGCCUAGCAAGCCUGGGUUCUGCCAAGUCUCACGGUGGGGUGCUGUCUGAACACAACCUUGAAGCUCUACACAAUGCCUUGGCGAAAGCAGCCCAUCAGACCGCCCCCGAAGACCAGUUUGAGCGACGUAUUAGUGUGGACGAUCAGACGGUCAGUCAAUCGUCAGACAAGGGGGAUAUGUGUCAGGCGGCGAAUGCUCCUUCGGAGCUUGUAUCGGAUGACAGCUAUCUCAACCAGCCCGUCGAAGCGGUUAGUUUUGAAGGGGGAUUCGAGGAUUUUGAUUUCGAUGACAACGAUGCGGCCUUAUACGACGAUCCCAUUAUUGCUGCCGCCAAUGCGGAGGCCCUGGAGAAUGACGACGAAGGGUUCUACGGCGAUGAAUUUGGGUUCUAUGCGCAGGACCACGGGAACGGGAGCUCGGAGCUUGUGAACGGCGGUUACUUUGGACCCCGGGGAGUAGAAGGCGUCAGUCGCAACUUUAGCGGUCGAGGGAAGUUCCGGGAACCCAGCCUGACGCCCAUCACCGAGCGAAGCGAGCGGGGUAGUACACGCAAUUCCGUUAUCUCUGUCACUACCCAUGGGGCCGCGCAUUCCAACCCUCUGGCGAACCCGGGGCUGGCCCAACUGGUCGACGUCGGCAAUCUGGAGGACGAGAUAUCCUUGACUGCCCUGAUGAAACUGCGCCGUGGCGCUUGGGGCGGAAGUAAUGGGAGCCUCCGUAGCAGCAGCGGAAGCCCUCCUCCCAAUCCACAAUGCGCUUCGAACCGGGCUAGUUUCACGGCUCUAUCGGAUGUGAGUCCAACCGUGUAUUCGGUUCCUCCCGAUAUCUUCGGCGGUCCCAGUGCUACUGAAUCGCCGAUCAGGGAGACGUACAAGGGGUUUUGA